UCAAUCCACGUUCAUGUGGACUCUCACAAUCACAGUACAUCUAAGUCAUAUGUGAUAUGACCCCAUUUGUCCCAAAAUCAAACACCUAUAAAUAUAUCAAUGAGAUACAUUAUAUGCCACCAUAUUUUAAACCAAAAACAGAAAGGCUUGUCAAAAUUAACGACCACCAGAAAUUAUUCAAAGAAUCAAGCUAGAAAUUAUGGAAGACCCUCGUAGAGGAAAGGAUCUACAGAAGCAAGGAAUGGAAGAGAAGGGAAGCGAAGAAGUGCGUUAUCGGGGAGUCCGAAGGAGGCCAUGGGGGAAGUUUGCUUCUGAGAUAAGAGACCCUUCAAGGCAAGGUGCUCGUCUGUGGCUUGGCACAUUUGAUACGGCUGAAGAAGCUGCAAGGGCUUAUGACAGAGCUGCUUUUAAUUUAAGGGGUCAUCUUGCCAUACUCAACUUUCCAAAUGAGUAUUAUUCUCAAGUUAUGGGCUCUCCUCCUCAUCCUCCUAGAUUCUCAUCAUCAUUUUCUUCUUCUUCUUCUUCUUCAUCUUCUUCUUCUUCUUCUUCUUCUGCUGCUGCUGCUGCUGCUGCUCCUGGUGGAAGUUCAUCUACUGGACAAGGAAGGCAAGUCUUUGAGAUUGAGUAUUUGGAUGACCAUGUGUUGGAGGACCUUCUUGAUUCUCAAGAGGAGAAAAACAAACGGAAGUGAAAUUGAGUUGUGUUUGUGUAACCUUUUUCUUCCCUUGUUGUUUAGUGAGUUGAACACAUUUCCCUUCUAUAAAAUAAUAUAUGUUGUUCAACCAUGGUUUAGCAAGCACAUUUUUUCAUGUCAUAAUUUGUUUUAGUCAUGACGUGGUAUGAUAUACACAUAUGCACAUGUA